AUGAAAAAAAUAUAGUCAUAAGAAGAAUUAAUAUUGAAUAAAUGCAAAAUCUAAUUAAGUUAAGGCAAACGCUUAAGUUCAAUAAGUGACGAAAAAGCUUUAAAAAAAAUUUUUAACAAUAAUGCUUAAGAAAAAAUUGAUUCAAAUUUCCUAUCAGUUGAUUCUCAGGAAAAACCCAGCGAUCGUCAUUUCUAUUACGAAAAUGAUUUUUACGAGGAUGAAAAUAAAUCACCAAAAAAGAAAGUGCAAACUCAAUAAUCAAAUACCAUUAAUUCCCUUUUUUAAUAGGUUUCUUUGUAAGAGAGCAAUCAUAAUGAGAAUCAAGAUAUGUCUGAUACUAAUCAUCAAUAUGAAGAACAAAACAUCAAUGAAAUUUAAGUGGUUGACCAUUUAUGACAAUAUAAUUUGCGC